AUGCUCCAAACAACUAGCACCCUUUUAAUCGCAGAUCGCUCUUGGAUUUCUUCUCUUCCUUCAACCAGCCCCAUUUUCACAUCAUGGUCAUACAAUCAAUUGCCUCCCAAAAUCGGCCGAAAGAAAGAAGCCCUCAAAGAGAUUCUGGACCAGGUCGAAGAACUUGACUAUGAUGAUCCUGAGCUCGUCGGGCUUCACGACGAAUCUGAGCAGCUCGACGAGCCUGCACGUGGAUUUCAACACAGUGCGCUGUCAACUCAGCUGAAGCAAAACCGCCAUCUAGUUCUCUAUCAGCGAUGGACGAAUGCAGUUUUUGGUGAUGUUGACGACGAGGAUCUGGACCAGGCCUGCUUCCCUGACCUCGAGGAUGGAGCCAGACCGCUUCGGAAGUUGUUUUUCAGAUGCGACGAUACAUUGCGUUUAUUUUCACAAAGUGCAUCCCCAGAGCUGUUGAGAAGCGGGCUAUCGGCUGCUGUGUGUUGGGUCAAUGCGAGAGAAGCUUGUCGUUCUUGGUCAAAAGAAAGUACGCCGAGCGCGACAUCGAGCCUCCAUCCGAUGCUGUAA